UCUGAAAAAUCCUUUUUACCUGGUUAUUUUUUAUUUAAUGCUUAUUAUUGCAUUUGGGUUUUUUUAGAAAUUGUUUGUUUCUUGUUCCUGGUUAUGUUAAUUCACUGUGUUGGUUGAUUUCACUUUCUUUUUAUUCUCAAUCUGUACUCUUCUUACCAUGGUCUUUUUCCUUAUAUACCAGUUAAUCACUUGCAAGAUAAAUAUUUGGUUACAGUCGAAUAGGGGAUAAAUUGUACAAUAGUUCAAAUGGGUCUUGAAUGAAUCUUUUCUUGCAUUAAAAAAACAAAAUAAAAAUAAAAAUCGAGACUGUCAAAGUAAUUAAAAGAAAAAGGGAAAAGUUUGAGACUUUUUUUUUUCCCCCAGGACAUAUCGAAUUAUGCUGGUGAUUUUCACUCAUUUUAACUUGUUUAUGCAAGUUGCGUGGUUUUAUUUUCUUGACUUUAUUACUCUAUUAAGAAAGCAUUGUGGAAUUCUAGGCCCUUAUAUUUAUCUCGAGAACAUCACUUGGCUUUCUUAUAAUUUUAUUAAUGGAUAGGCUUCCUAAAAUACAUGGAAAGUGUUUUUAUCUCUAAGGGAGCACCUAACUUAAACAUGACAGAGAAACUAAUGAGGAGCAUUGUAACCCGUAAUCCGUCUGGGGAGGGACACAUUAGGGUCCUGAGCCCUAGUCCGGUCUGACAGACUUGGUAGAGUCCAAAAAUAAAAUAAAUUGGGCGCUUCCCAUCUGCAUGGUUCUGGGAUUGGCUGCCAAGAUUGAGUGGCUUGGGCAGGUCGAAAUGGACUGAUCCUUCCAAUUGUCCUGAAGCACGAAUGAAAGAUAGGUUUUAACUUCUUGUUGUUGAAUAAAAAUGAUCUGGAAUUAACUUCUUCUUGUUGAAUGAAAAAUGAUAUGCAAUCUUAAGAUUGGUGUAUAAAUAGAUCAAAUUCUGAUUGUCUACAAAUUUUACAUAUUUUCAUUUCUACAUAGCAUAUGAGCAUAUUUAGGAAUAUUUCUACACUUGUUAGCAUGUCUAUAAGUGUUUAUUUUGUUUUUAUUUUUCAGCAUGCAUAUGAGCUAUGCUCAUUGAUUAUUGCUCUUCUUUUUUAAAAAUAAAGUAAAAAGGAUAAUUUUAAUGUCUACUAUAAUCCAUUCAUGGAAUACCAUAAUUUAUUGUGGUUGUCACUUCAAUGAAAUGAUGGAUGGUGAUGGAGAGAGCUGGUGGCAACCUGUUGGAGUUAUAUCCUGUUCUGGUGGGUGCCACUAUAACACCAUCAUUUCAAUGGACCUUGAGGACCCCCGUGGAUGAUAACCGACUAUGAUCUUACGGGGCAAUUGGUGUGGCCAGGCGCUCAUUUGAUGAACAAUUAUCUUUCAGUGAAUGUGCAUGCACUUCAAGGGCAAUCUAUUAUUGAAUUAGGCUCUGGUGUUGGAGUUACGGGGAUGCUUUGUGGCAAACAUUGUCGUGAGAUUUUGUUAACCGAUCAUAAGGAGGAAGUACUGAAGGUCUUGAAGAAGAAUAUAGAGCUCAAUUCUCCUUCAAAGACUACUAUUUGUGCAGAUCUGGUGGCUGAGAAGUUAGAAUGGGGCAACACAGAUCAACUGAGCCACAUUUUGGAAAGAUAUCCAGCGGGUUUUGACCUGAUCCUUGGAGCUGAUAUUUGUUUUCAGCAGGCUAGCAUUCCUCUACUCUUUGACACAGUGGAAAGGCUUCUACGCUUCAAGGGUGGCAGUCACUGCAAGUUCAUACUGGCUUACGUAUCUCGAGCUAAGACUAUGGAUGCAUUAAUCAUCAGCGAAGCUUCUCGACAUGGUCUUCAAGUUCUGGAAGUUGAUGGCACCCGAUCCACAGUGGGAAACCAUGAAGGUGUUAUCUUUGAGAUGUCCAUCCAUUGAACGUUGGAUAUGUUUUCUCCAAUUUGAACUUUUUGUUAAGAACCCAACAUAGAACUUUAAGAAGUUAUAUUUAAUUUCCA